UUCUUUUGUUAGUGUUUUUUUAUUCGGAUACUUUGAAGGUAGCCUAGUAUUGAAGCUCAAUCACACUUUCUCUCUCUCUAGACUCGCAAUGGCGGCAGUGGCAGUGAACGGAGCGAAACUCGGUACGGCGUCGCAGGCUUACUUGGAAAGCAGAGCAGUGAGCGACACCAAGGUUCUGAUAUCAGACCUGUGCCGCCAGUUCUACAAUCUUGGAUGGGUAUCAGGGACUGGUGGUAGCAUCACAAUCAAAGUUCACGAUGACUCUGUUCCUAAGCCCCAACAACUCGUAGUCAUGUCUCCCUCUGGCGUUCAGAAGGAGAGAAUGCUACCAGAGGACAUGUAUGUGUUAUCUCCAAAUGGGUCUAUCUUGUGUACUCCAUCUCCGAAGCCGUACCCACACAAACCUCCUAAGUGUUCUGAUUGUGGUCCACUUUUUAUGAAGAAUAUAGCCAAGAGGCGAUUGAUUUCGCGGAGAAAAAUCUCAAGGAAUCUCAAUUACAAGGCAUAUGAGAUGCGUAAUGCUGGGGCUGUUAUUCAUAGUCAUGGGAUAGAAUCUUGUCUUGUGACAAUGAUCAAUCCAUUAGCAAAAGAAUUCCGAAUUACUCAUAUGGAGAUGAUCAAAGGAAUCCAAGGGCAUGGUUAUUAUGAUGAACUUGUGGUCCCAAUAAUAGAGAACACUGCCUAUGAAUAUGAGCUGACUGAGUCUCUUGCCAAAGCUAUUGAAGCCUACCCAAAAACAACAGCUGUGCUUGUUCGUAAUCAUGGCAUCUAUAUAUGGGGAGACUCAUGGAUUAGCGCCAAAACUCAGGCUGAAUGUUAUCACUAUCUCUUUGAUGCUGCUAUCAAACUUAACCAGUUGGGUUUGGACCCAUCUACUCCAAUCCAUGGUCCUAUACAAAAUGUCAAAGGAGUUUUAGGAAGUGGUAUUCACAGAAACAUAUCUGUGAAGGCUGGGACUGCAGCUUCAGAUAAUAAAUCUGGCCCAUCACAACGUUGCAUUGUUCUUGACAUUGAGGGAACUACUACUCCCAUAUCGUUUGUGACUGAUGUUCUCUUUCCAUACGCCCGCAAUAAUGUUGGGAGGCAUUUGUCUGCAACAUAUGACACCGCAGAAACUCAAGAUGACAUAAAGUUGUUGUGCUCCCAGGUUCAAGAUGACCUGGAAAAAGGUGUUUUUGGUUCUGUUCCCAUCCCCUUGGAUGAUGUAGGGAAAGAGGAGGUUAUUGCAGCUUUGGUUGCUAACGUUGAAUCGAUGAUAAAAGCUGAUCGGAAGAUCACUGCCUUGAAACAGUUGCAAGGACAUAUCUGGAGAACUGGAUAUGAAAAGAAUGAAUUAGAGGGAGUAGUUUUUGAGGAUGUACCAGAAGCUCUUAAGAAAUGGCAUGAUUCUGGCAUAAAGGUGUACAUAUACUCUAGUGGUAGCAGGUUGGCACAGAGACUUAUAUUUGGCAACUCAAACUAUGGGGACCUAAGAGAAUAUUUGUCUGGAUUUUUCGACACCACAGUGGGGAACAAAAGGGAAAGUAGCAGUUAUGCUGAAAUUGUACAAUCAGUUGGAGUUGAUAAGCCAUCACAGGUUUUAUUUGUGACAGAUGUCUUUCAAGAAGCUGUAGCUGCAAAGGAAGCAGGAUUAGAAGUUAUUGUAUCCAUCCGACCAGGGAAUGGACCUCUUCCAGAAAAUCAUGGGUUCAGGACAAUCAAUUCUUUCGCGGAAAUCUGAAUGUGUGCUUUGUAAUCAUAUAACAUCAAAUAUAUAUUGCCAUGAAUAAAAACAUGAAUAAAAUAUACAACUUUUCCAGGUUGUCAAAAAGUGGUCUUAUAUAGGGCCUUGACUUGUAGAUAAGAGGUUUCAGGCUCGAACCCCUUGACAUCUUAGUUGUGUGUGUAUGAGAAAUUCCUCUCCUCAUUAGUUUA